UUUUUACAAGCAAAUAUGGCUGUGCAAACAAUAAUCGCUCGUAGAAGGAUAUGUUACAGUUCAUUAUACAAUAUUCUGAUUGUUAAACUAUCAGCUAAGGUCACGGGCAGGACUACACGGAGGAUCGCGAUAGCGAUUAUUUCUCAAGAGGACCGUGCCGCGGUUGGACGCUACCGGCGAAGUGACAGUGUUGUGACACAAGGAUUUUCUUUCAGGUUCAGAGAUAUGAAACAUAAGCACGCGCCGAUCGCGGCAGCACUAUGGAUAUUGUUCGCCGCCUCCGCCGCGGACGGCCAGCUCAUGAACCCGGUCACCUCUCUGGCCAACUUCCUGAACGAGGGCGGCCACCAGUACGACAACGAGCCACCCGACCAGACCGAGCUGCUCCAGGAGUACGACUACGUCAUCGUCGGCGCCGGCACCGCUGGCUGCGUCUUAGCUAACAGGCUCACUGAAGUCAAAGAAUGGAAAGUCUUACUAGUAGAGGCCGGAGUGAACGAAAACUUUAUCAUGGACAUUCCGCUGGUCGCUAACUACCUACAGUUCUCGUCAGCCAACUGGAAGUAUAAAACAAAGUCGUCGUCAAAGUAUUGCGCCGGAUUCGAGAACAAACAGUGCAACUGGCCCCGCGGCAAAGUAGUGGGAGGCUCCAGUGUACUAAAUUACAUGAUUUACACCAGGGGAUCACCCUACGACUACGACAACUGGAAAGCGAUGGGCAACGAAGGUUGGGGAUGGGACGACGUACUUCCUUAUUUCAAAAAGGUAGAAAACUUCAACAUACGUUCAUUUAACGACCCCAAAUAUCACGACCAGGGUGGCCACGUUAACAUUGAACAUGCGCCUUUUCGUACUACAAAAGGAAAAGCAUGGGUAAAAGGAGCCCAAGAGUUAGGUUUCAAAUAUGGCGAUUAUAAUGGCGCUACUCCGGCCGCGGUGUCAUUUUUGCAGCUGUCUAUGAAAAAUGGAACACGCCACAGUUCUAGUCGAGCCUACUUGCACCCUAUUAAUGGAAGAAAAAAUCUUCACCUAUCAAAAGGAAGUCUAGUGACCAAACUGAUUUUAGAUGACAGCAAAACCAAAGUAAUAGGUAUAGAAUUAGAAAAACAUAAUAUGAAAUACACAAUAUUAGCGAAAAAAGAAGUGAUCUUAUCAGCCGGAGCUCUUAACACACCUCAGCUGCUGAUGUUGUCAGGAAUAGGACCAAGAAGUCAUUUGGAAGAAAUGAAAAUACCUGUUAUAAAAGAUCUAGCAGUUGGUUACAAUCUGAUGGACCAUAUCGCCGCUGGAGGGGUACAAUAUAUAGUACGGCCACAGAACGUAUCUAUAUCUACAGAAUAUAUAUUUAAUCAUUUAGAAGUGGUUUUUAAAUGGAUGAGAAAUCAUAAGGGGCCGCUGUCCAUACCUGGAGGGUGCGAAGCUCUGAUUUUCAUGGAUUUGAAAGACAAGUUCAAUACUACGGGAUGGCCCGACAUGGAGCUGUUAUUUAUAACAGGUGGACUAAAUUCGGACCCAUUGCUACGCAGAAACUUUGGUUUUGACGAUCAAAUAUUUACAGACACCUAUGGUCCGCUUGGCAGAGCCGAGACAUUCAUGGUGUUUCCCAUGUUAAUGAGGCCGAAAUCGCGCGGUAGGGUGAUGCUACAGAGCAGAAACCCUAAAGCUUCGCCUUUAUUGAUACCAAACUAUUUUGACGAUCCAGAAGAUCUGCAAAAAAUUGUGGAAGGAAUUAAAGUUAGUAUUCAAAUAGCGCGACAACCUUCGAUGAGGAAAAUGGGCACAAAAAUGUACGACGUACCGAUAGAAGAAUGCUUACAAUAUGGUGCCUUCGGAAGCGAUGCAUACUUUGCGUGUCAAGCGCGGAUGUUUACUUUUACAAUCUACCACCAGAGCGGGACUUGCAAAAUGGGACCAAAGAGCGAUCCGACAGCUGUAGUCGACGCUAGGCUAAGAGUACACGGAAUUCAAAAUUUAAGAGUGGUGGAUGCCAGUGUGAUGCCUGCAGUACCGUCGGGGCAUACGAAUGCCCCCACUUUUAUGAUAGCGGAAAAAGCAGCAGAUAUGAUCAAAGAAGAUUGGGGUAAAUGGAGAUGACCGGCAUUAUCAGCUGUUCAAUUGUUGUGGUAAAUUUUGUGUCACGACUUUCGACGCCAAAAUAUUUUGACGGUAAUGGGGAAUUAACAUUAUAAGUGCAUUAGGAUGAAAUUAUUGUUGCGAACUUUUCUUCGACAAUUACUUAUUUUUAUUUAUGGCUCAAAUGUUUAGUCAUUAAUAAGUAGUUAGCUAAAUGAUAAUGAUAAAUUUAGAAAGAUAGUCAAAACAGUGGUUAAGACCAUUCGGAAUUCUCCGAGCGAGGUAUUUUCGAUGUGUAGACAAACAUCUGUUUGACACUCCUAGUGCUCCUGCCUCCUAGUGCUGCCUAAAAUUUUAUCAAACCUCAUGCGUUUUAGUCAAAACCCGAAUUCGACUAGCUAUUAGUCAAUCGGAGAAUUUCGACCAAAACACAUGGAUAGUCCCCAAAGAGUUUACCCGAAAAAGGAAUAAUGCGAUACGUACGAUUACUAACAUAUCGACUUCCUACUUCAACCUUAAUUUUGGACGCCUAGAUUGCGCUCGCGGCAAUGAAUAUUCUGAUAUGUUCCAGCAAAUCCAGUGUAGGCGUUAUUUAAUUUAUGGAAAAGUCAAUUGUGUGAGUAGUCGCAAUAAAUUAUUGCAAAUAAAUGUCAAGACAGCACAGUAAUAGGUUUGAAAAAUUUAAGUUUCUAAACAUCUGAAUUUACACCCAAUAUUUUUAUCACAUUUGGUAAAUAUAAAGACAACUGCAAUAAAAUGACUGUAUUAAGUGAAUUAAGUCUGGCAAUGUUUGAUUUGAUAUGUAAUGUUCUUGUAGAGCAAGUUUACGAUAAUACGUCGUUAUUCAUAAAAGUUCAACAAGCCUUAAAUAUCUAUUCACAUAAUGUAAUCGUUUGUCCUCAAUUAACCAUUACACGUGAUUAUGAUUAAGUGUGACAAAAUAACAAUUCGGCCAUUUUGUUAACAAAAACUCUCUGGGAAAAAUUAUACUUAAUGAUAAUGUACUCUGGCACUAUUACUUUAGGACUAGGACGAAUGAUAUCUUUACUUGAGGUACUGAACUCAACUGUGAUGAAAAAGUAAGUUAGUAACUAUUUAUUGACACUUAUUUUUUGCAUGUUCAUAACAUAAUCAAGUAAGGCCUGAUUCGAAACAAAUUUGACAAAUUCAGAGUGAUUUUUCUUGGAUAUUUUCUAGCUUACUUUAUAUAUACACUACGACAUUAUAAUUAUCAGAAUCACAAAAUUAUUAUACCAAAAAAUUUUUUUUUUAUCAAUUCUAAGAUGAUCAAAAAAAUAUAUAAUAAACGCCGCCGUCUUUUUAAUUAGGCGCCAAAUUGCUGUCAAAAACUUGAUAAGUAUGGAAGAAACUUGCACAUAACUAAUUUCCAACAUAACCUGUUACCUAAUAUUAUACCAAUACUGAAAGGUAAUUUCAUUGCAAUAUCCAUGAAACAAUGAGGAUCUAGACAUAUCUUCAAAUAUCUGGCGUAUCAGGAAUUUCGUCGAUGUGGUGUCAGUUACCGGGCAUUGGUUACUUUUCGACAGAGAAAUCGACACCAACAUCACUAAAAGAAACGGUUCGCAGCUUUAGUUUAAUAAUGCGGAUUUCCAAUAUUACUUUGAUAAUAUUUGGAGAUGAUCCACGAUGUUUAUGAGGCAAUCAGCAUGCUUAAGCCAGUACCCUCGAAAUCGGACCAAAAAACUUGAUUCAACAAAGUCCCACAGUAUUGACCUAUUGAACGGUAUGGAGUGGAGUGUCCAAGGAAUUAGUUCGUUAAAACAACAAAAACUAUAUGCAAUAUAAUAUUUCAAAAUAAACAUUGUUCUUGAUAGGACUCAAACUAAGAAACUGUCAAAAAACACUGUCGGAUGUAUGAUGGAGGGCAUACAACAAAACUAACGACAGGAGCGGGAAGAAAUGGAAAAUGAUGAAUUUACUUAUAAAUAACAAUUUUUAAACAAAUUUUCAAUAAAUUAUGGAAAAACAAAUCUUGAUUCAGCUAGCUUCAGUACCAUUAAUAGGGUUUUCAAUUUGGCAGAUUGAAUUCGAAUCAGGCCUUAGGUACUGAUUAGGUAUGAACAAAACACGUAAUUUAUUUGGUAUUUUUAAGUAGAAAAUAUUAUAAGUACAAAUUGGGGUGUAGCUGUUAAGCGGGUCUUUAACAGAAACACAAAAUGUUUGAAUCCAAAUAAACAAAUGCCAUAAAGCGA